UUGAAAGGUACUCUCUCUUAUAACCACCUGAAGAACAUUGAGGAAUGCGAAGGAGGCCUUGAUAAAUUUACAAAGAGUUACAAAACCUUUGGAGUUAACCAGCUUCUGGAAGGUGGAAUAUAUUGUAGAGAGUGGGCACCAGGAGCAGAAGCGGUGUUUCUUGCAGGUGACUUCAAUGGCUGGAAUCCAUUUUCCCAUCCAUAUAAGAAGUUGGAGUAUGGGAAGUGGGAGUUGUUCAUUCCACCUAGAGAAGAUGGUUGUCCUGCUGUGCCCCAUGGAUCAAAGCUAAAGGUGGUGAUUCGUGCUCAGAACGGCGCCCUCCUCUAUCGUAUUUCACCUUGGGCCAGAUAUGUGGUCCGUGAAGAAGACAAAGUGAACUAUGAUUGGGUGCACUGGAAUCCACCACAGUCAUAUAUACAUAAGCAUCCUUCCCCCAAGAGAUUAAAAAGCCUAAGAAUCUAUGAAUCUCACGUGGGGAUUGCUUCCCCAGAAGGGAAAGUAGCUUCUUAUAAAAACUUCACACACAAUGUACUACCUAGAAUAAAGGAUCUUGGGUAUAACUGUGUCCAGCUGAUGGCUAUUAUGGAACAUGCAUACUAUGCCAGUUUUGGUUAUCAGGUCACGAGUUUCUUUGCAGCAUCAAGCCGCUACGGAACUCCGGAUGACCUGAAGGAAAUGAUUGACGUCGCUCACUCCAUGGGCAUCACGGUGCUGCUGGACGUGGUGCACAGCCACGCCUCCAAAAACUCGGAGGAUGGGCUCAACCAGUUCGAUGGGACGGAUUCCUGCUUCUUCCAUUCCGGUUACAGAGGGAACCACCAGCUCUGGGACAGCAGGCUCUUUGACUAUGCAAACUGGGAAGUUUUGAGGUUCCUUCUGUCUAAUUUGAGAAUGUGGAUUGAAGACUAUCGCUUUGACGGGUUCCGGUUUGACGGUGUUACAUCGAUGUUGUAUCACCAUCACGGGAUUGGCACAGGGUUCAGUGGAGAUUACAAUGAGUAUUUUGGCCUACAUGUGGAUGAAGAUGCUUUGUGUUAUCUGAUGCUGGCCAAUCACAUGAUUAAUACCUUGCAUCCAGAAUGCAUAACCAUAGCAGAGGAUGUUUCUGGAAUGCCAGCACUUUGUCGUCCUGUGGCAGAGGGAGGAGGGGGCUUUGAUUACCGGCUGGCCAUGGCUAUCCCGGAUAAGUGGAUACAGAUAAUUAAGGAGCUGAAAGAUGAAGACUGGAACAUGGGCAAUAUUGUGCAUACAUUAACAAACAGACGGUACGAAGAAAAGUACAUUGCUUAUGCAGAGAGUCAUGACCAGGCACUUGUGGGUGAUAAGACACUGGCUUUUCGACUGAUGGAUGCAGAGAUGUACACAAACAUGAGUGUGCUCAUGCCUCUUACGCCGGUUAUCGAUCGUGGAAUACAGCUUCAUAAAAUGAUUCGUCUCAUUACUCACGCGCUCGGAGGGGAGAGCUAUCUGAACUUCAUGGGUAAUGAAUUUGGACAUCCAGAAUGGCUUGACUUCCCCAGAAUAGGGAAUAAUGAGAGCUACCACUAUGCCAGGAGACAGUUUAAUCUUACUGAGGAUGAUCUUCUUCGCUAUAAAUUCCUAAAUGCCUUUGAUAGAGAUAUGAAUAGAUUGGAGGAAAGAUUUGGCUGGCUUGCAUCUCCCCAGGCCUAUGUGAGUGAAAAGCAUGAAGGCAAUAAGGUCAUAGCGUUUGAGAGAGCAAGGCUUGUUUUUAUUUUUAACUUCCAUCCAUAUCAAAGUUACGUGGACUACAGAGUGGGUAUUGAAACUCCAGGAAAGUAUAAAAUCCUUCUGGAUUCUGAUGCUGGAGAAUAUGGAGGGCAUCAAAGGCUGGACCACAAUACAGAGUACUUCUCUGAAGAAUUUGCUCACAAUUAUCGACCUCAUUCAAUUAUGCAAUUCAAUUCACAGACCACCUCCAGCGACCCCCCCAGAGGAUGGCACCAAAUAAAGGUGUACAUUCCAAGCAGAGUGGCUCUUGUGCUUCAGAAUAUGGAUAUCCCAAAAUGAAGUUCUCUGUAACUACCACUGAAGAAGCAAGUCAUAGAAGAAGUGCUGAAACACUGUGCUAGUACUAAGUAUAACAAAACUUGCUCUAAGGAGGCUUUCUGAAACUGAGUAUAGUAAUAUUAGGUGUUUAAAAUGUAAGAUUAAUAUUCACAUAUAAUUGCAGAGCUCUUGACUUGCUAGAUCCUCUUUUGAGGAAACUCUACGAAGAGGCAGAAAGGAAAAUGUUGGGUUUGUAGUUCUAGUAGUACAAAAUUACACUUAAGGUGUUGCAGAGCAGCAGGUAUUCUCAAUUAAACUGUUGUUUACAGAAUUUUAUCAGGAAUAAUAAGAGUGAUCCUGCUCCAAAGUUUGUAAUUUCUUGUGAUCCUCAUUUUGAUAGUGAAUCCAAAUGUUCAUUAUAUAUGAAUGCUUCUUACUAAAAGUAAGUAGUUUGCUUAAAUAAAACAGAAGUUUUUGGCUAAAAGGCAGCCUUAAUGGUUUGUGGGACCUAAUUUGAGGCUCCUCUUCUUCAAUGAAGUCCAGCAUGGAAUUAGAAAUGUUUAUCCAAAUGGAUGAGAAGGUCCUCUGAGAGUAUCGUACUUUGCCAUUUUUUAUGUAAUUAAAAAUGCACAACUAAUGCUGAACAGCAAAAGGAGCUGGCCGAUCCACUGGCGACCUGGCUGAUGCUCUGGUGUGUGCUGCUUAUUUACUCCCACCCAAAUCACUUAGUUUGUCCAUCUCACUUGCUACAGCUGGACAAAAAUUACACAACUAUUUCAUUUAGAUCACUUCAGUGUUCAGUGAGAAGUGUGUUUUGUUCUUACUGCAAUGAUACCACACUGGAAGACGUAUUUAAAGUGUAGUUCUUCCCACUGGAUUUAUUCCACUGACAUCAGGACCUUGCAACACUGAUUUCACUACUUCCAGAAGCUGCCUUUCAGCUUGGAACAUGAUGAUGUUCUUGCACUUUUAUGACUUUUGAAACAUUGCUUCUCGUGAAGAAGCAGUCUCAAAAUACAGUGAUCAAAUUAAGGUGUUUUUUUGAUUAAAAUUAAGAUAGUUAAUUAUUGGAGUGCUGCUAAGAUAAUUCAAGUGAGUUCCUUCAUGAGCUACAACUUUUUUUUGUAAAGAGUAAGAUUUUGUAUAUUUGAAAAUGUUGCAGAGUAUUCUGGAAAAUUAAUACCAAAUUAACGAGACAUGCUUUAUUUUGUUCCAUUAAUUUAAAAAUUUGAAUUGGUUCUGAAAUGAAUGUCUUAACUUUUAAAAUAGCCAAAGAGGAAGAUGUCCGUGACCAUUUCCAAGUCAUAAUUUUACCCAGUUUCCUUCGUGAACCAUUGUGUAAAUUACUGAAUAGUUGUGCCAACACCGAAAAAUCUAUUCACAGUUCUUGGAAUGCUUACUUGUGGCUUACUUCUUAAGCAAAAUAAGGGAUGGAAUAAUGCAGCAUGAUGGAAAACAGUCUUUUGCAGAGUUCACACUGAAAGGACUUUGUGAACAUCCCCAGUCUGAUAUGUUCUGUGUGACAGAGAAUCUUAUAUUGCAGUUGGGUACUAUAGGAUCAUGCUUCGUUUUCCUCUACACCAGUUUGAUCAUUGUUUGGUUGUGGGCUAAUAAAAGCAUUCCUGUUACGCUAUGACUUUAAAUAAAAUAUACAGAACUGUUUUAGCAACUGGAACUGAUUAUCUUUGGUUGUUUUUUUUCCCCAGAUUGUUUUCCUUGUAGUGAAAUAACGAGCAACUUCUAAUACAUGUUAUAUUUACAUUGUAUUGAUCUAAUAUGUUUUAUAGGGUGGUUUGUUUUUUUUACUGGCACCAGUUCCAGGUUUCAAAAUGUAAUGCAAGGCAAGCGUCUGUGUCAAACCUUUUUUCAAGAGAAGGAAUAAAUGUAUGAUGUGAAGUAUAAACUGUAAAAUUACAUGCAAAAUAAACUCUGAGGAGGAGAAAAUAAAUUCA